AUGGUCUUCGUCGCCCCCCUCCAAGUACCGAAGAUCAACCCCCACCCGGACUUCCCGGCUGUGGCCGACACUGAGGACGGCGGUCCCCUCAGGUCGCCUGGCCUCCUCGAGCCCGCGCACAAGUUCACCUUUGAGUCGGUGCAGGGCUUCUUCGUCCAGACUGGCCCCAAGCCCAAGCACAACGACUUUGAGGACCUUCUCGACAAGUCGUUUGGUCUCAUGGACACCUCCCCCGACCGCUGGCACAACCUGCGUGCCGACGUCGCGCGUCUCCAGGCCGAGGCGCCGGCGGGAGUCCACUACAAGGUCUUCUUCCUCGGCCGCCACGGCCAGGGCUGGCACAACUAUGGUGCGGAGCGCUAUGGUGUCGAGUCUUGGGAGACGUACUGGACGUGCCAGAACGGCGACGGCAACUUGGUAUGGGGUCCCGACCCCGAGCUCACCCCUCUGGGCCACAAGCAGACACGUGCAAUCUACGAGACAUGGCAAAAGGAGCGUCCCCACGGCGCGCCCAUCAACCCUGGAGAAAUCCGCUGGUUCGUCUCGCCGCUGCAACGCACUUGCCAGACCAUGUACAACAGCUGGGGUGAAAUGAUCAGUGCCACACCGGAAAUUUGGGAGGACUGGCGCGAGAUCGUCGGUUUGCACACGUGUGACAAGCGCAGCACAAAGGUGAGCAGAACUCGCGCUAAACCGGGUGGUGCCAGUGGUACCAUGGCAUCUACGAUCGCCACUCGGUUCCCCAACAUUAUCAUUGAAGAAGGCUUCGAGGAGGACGACCUGCUGUGGUUCCCAGACCAGCGCGAGUCGGAUACCUCCAUGCAGAAGCGCAUGCGCCGUGCAUUGGACCGCGUGUUCGACGGCGCCGCUCCCGAGACAUACGUGAGCAUCACGGGCCAUGGCGCCAUUUUCCGCAACCUCCUCGCCGUGCUCGGACACCAGCCGUACCCGCUGUCAACGGGUGAGAUGAUCCCCGUGGUGGUCAAGGCCACUCGUGUCCGCCACUCGCACUCGCACUCGCACUCGCACUCGCACUCGAACGGCCACCGCCACGCGAACGGUCACACCAAUCACGCCAAUGGCCUCAAGAAUGGCCACGCCAACGGCCACGUGAACGGCCACGCACACCACCACUCCAAUGGCUUCUCCAACGGCCACGCCAACGGUCACACCAACGGCCAUGCCAACGGCAACGGCGUCCCGGCCGCUAAGCACUGA